CUCUGGCGCUAGGGUUUUAGCGACGUGCGCUGGUCGCAGGAGGAGGGAAAGAAGAAGGCCCAUCAUCUUCGCCUUUCCAAAACUACAGGUACUUAAAUAAAAACCCAUUCUCCCUCCCCCUCCUCCUCCUCCUUCCUUCUUCUUCCAUCAUGAUAUUCUGCUCCGGUUCAAUCCUCCUGCAAAACCCUAGUCCCCACUCCGUCGGAAAUGGUCGGUUUUGUCUCCGGCCCCGCCUUUGAAGGGCGGGAAGAGGACCCCGAUCGGGCCGCUUCCGACCCGAAGGGUCUCGGCAACCCCCUCGCCCUCCUCGACCAGAAGAUCGGCGACCUCUCGUUCGCCGACUCUUUCCUCGAUUUCGAGUCCAUCCAGGACUGGUUCGAGGACGUCCCCAUGGAUUCGGUGGCCCUGCUGCCCGGGGACUUUGACGCCGCGAAGGUUGAGGAAGGUGCGGAGGAGAUGUUGGUACCCGGGUCUGAGCUAAACGCGGGCGCUUGCGAGGCGGCGGCUGGAGUUUCGGGUGCGGCGGCGGUGAAGGUUGAGAAGGAGGAGUGGGAAAAGGUGGGGGCUUUGGGCGGUUCGAUCGAGGACAACAUGGGGAGGGUCAGUUUGGCUUGCGGUUCCGGCGUUCCGGUCGUUGCUGACGGUGUCUGUGUGAAGACUGAAGUGGGAAGUGAUGAUGGUGGGGUUGAUAGGAGUUUGGUGCCUGCUGGUGGUUUCGAGAGUGAUGACAGAGUGAAUGCUGUGAAGGGGGAACAGGUGAUUGGUGGUGAUCAUGAGAGAGGAAGCAUUUUAGAGCCCCACGGCUCUCGUUCAGCUUCGUCGUCAUCCUCCAGUAGUAGUGAUGACGACGGUGACAGCGACGGGGAGGAAGAGAGGAAGAGGAUGGAGGAAAAAGGACAGGUGGAUGAAACGGGUGAAAUGGAAGAAGGUGAAAUACGGGAACUUGAUGGGGGAGAGGAAUCUGGUGAGGAGAAGAAUGGCGACGAUAAUAAAGACAGUGAUGAAGAUCGUCAGGAUGUACGGGAUAUGGUUAGUUGGAGUGAUGUUGAAGAUGAAGAUGAUGGUGUUGCUGGCACUGGUGCUAAGGGCGGACCCAUCAGGUCAAAAAAUGAGGUCAAGGAUCUCCCUCCAGUUCCUCCUGUAAAUGCAACACUGCAGCCGCAUCAUCAGAUGUCGCCAGUUGGAGUUGUUCUAUCGAUUUUAGGAGCCCAAGUUAUUGUUGAAGGGGUGGAGAAGCACAAUCCUCUUAAUGAGGGCUCUAUCCUUUGGAUCACUGAGACCAGAACCCCAUUGGGGCUGGUGGAUGAAAUUUUUGGACCCGUCAAAAACCCUUACUAUAUGGUAAGAUACAAUUCAGAAGCUGAAGUCCCUGCCAGCAUCCACCAAGGCACUUUGAUCUCUUCUGUUCCAGAAUUUGCCAGUUAUGUGCUUAAUGAGAAAAAUCUGUACAAGAAAGGAUAUGAUGCCUCAGGUGAGAAUGACGAAGAGUUGUCGGAGGAGGCAGAGUUUUCAGAUGAUGAAAAAGAGGCCGAGUACAGGAGAAUGCAGAGAAUGGCAAAGAGGGGCACAAACAUGGAUGACCAGAGAGCUGAAAACAGGAAAAACAACAAAAAGAAGGUCAGAAGUAGGGAAUCGAACUGGAAAAAUGGUAAACCUUCGCCACAGCAACUGCCGGCGAGAGUGGCUCCUCCCGUAUCAAAUCAAACUCAGCAUCAAAUCUCACCUAGAGCACCAUCAUUGGACUACAGUAAUUUCACGACAUCCUCUGCCAUUCAACCAGGUAAUAUGGGUGGAAUCGGCACAAAUUCACCAUUUCCGCUUAUGCAGCCAAACAGUGGCUCCAUUCUACCGCUACAUGAAGCUUGGGUGAACGGCUUGCCCUUGCAACAACCAAUGGGUGCUAUUUUUGCUAAUGGAAUUCCAAAUGGAAUGCCGUGGCCUCCACGUGGUAGUCAAUUUCCAUUUCAAAUGCCUCUUCCCAACCAAAUGCCAUUUCAGCAGCAGUUUGAUCUGAGCCAGGGAUUACUUCCCAACAUGGUCCUACCGAUGGGGCAGUCAAAUGCUUUACGGCCUGGUUUGGCAUCUUGGCCCAAUCCCAUGGGUCAAAAUGACUGCAACCAAAUGACAGUUGGGAUUGGUGCAUUUGGCCAAAGUAGUCAUCCAAUUUUCAAUGCUGGAGGACAAGGGUUUCAGUUCAAUGGAACCCGAGUUGAUCAGACCAGCUAUGCACAGCCACCUCCUGCAAAUCCUUGUCCAGCUGAUGCUCCGGGGCCAUUCAAGCAGCGCGGUCCAUCCUUCGGCCGUGGGAAGAAACCAUAUCGUGGAAGAGGUGGUCGAUUUUCGGGUGGUAGAAGCCAGCAGCAACCUCGCUGACAAUUGCGGUUGCUGUUCGUAGUGUUUGUGCAGUAGUUUGAUUGCAAGCUGCAGCAAUCAUGCCUCGAGCCUUCUAGCGAGAAAGAAUGUAUAAUGUGAUGCUGCAGGGGAAGCGGUAAUUCGUAAUUUUCUGGUUCAAUAUGAGAAAAUCCCCUGGGUAUGUAAGCCAACUUUGUCUCCAGUGAAUUUUGUUUUGUGGGCAUCCCAUGUUUUAUCUUUGUAUUUAGAGUUUCUAUUCACAAUUUUUGCGUUCACACUCUGCUGUAUUGAUGCGAGACAUAGUUUCAAUAUAUAUAAAGCUUCAGAGAUUAGAGAUCUUCA